UCCAAUCAAGCAAUGAAUCCACUUCUAUUCGGUUGAGUGACUUGAAUCGUCAUGCAUUUAUUACUUAGUUUUUUUCUUUGAAUAUUUAAUGGAGGAAGUUUUAUUUUACCCAAUCUUUGUUUUCCUGUUUUAUUAGGAUAUGUUCUUCUAGAGUUACUAGGAAAAAAAGGAAAAAUCUUGUGUAAAAGAUUUGUCCAAUGACUUAUCCGAAAAAAAUUUGAAAUUUUCCACUGUGGAUUCGGCGUUUAGAGUUAGAAAGUGAUAGUAUUACUGGUCAUGAUGAGCCAAGAGCCGAAAUCCUCUCCAUCAUGCUUCUGGUCUUCUUCAUCGUUCCUUGUUUUGUUAGCUGUGAUUCUACCUUUGACUGUGAUCUCAGUUCUUGUUUUUAUACUGACUCCUGCUCACUACUUUUCUUGGUCUCCAACGUCCUCUCCUUUCACCUGGAGACAUGGCUUCCCAGGUUCUUAUUCUUUUGCUUCUUCUUCAUUGGUAGACUCUGCGACUCCUUCCAAUGUUUUCAUCACAAACGAAACCAUUCAACUGGGAGAAGAUCAAAACACACUAAAGCACAACCAGUCUGUUCAUCAUGUUGGUCGGAGAUACACUAACUUGAUGAAGAUUGAAGCAAGUUUGGCCAGGGCCAGGUCGUCCAUAAGAAAAGCUGCUUUAAUGGGGAACUUGACAUCAACCCUUCAAGACCCAGACUUUGUACCUAAAGGCCCAAUAUACAGAAACGCUAAUGCCUUUUACAGGAGUUAUCUAGAGAUGGAGAAGCUUUUCAGGAUUUAUGUAUACGAAGAAGGCGAGCCCCCAAUGGUUCACUAUGGUCCAUGCAAGAACAUAUAUACUACGGAAGGAAGGUUCAUUUAUGAAAUUGAAAAAGACAACAUUUUUAAAACUAAAGAUCCCGAUAAGGCGACGGUUUAUUUUCUUCCGUUUACUAUUGUAAUGAUGGUUGAGUACCUGUUUGUGCCUGGAGCCCAUGACAUAAAUGGCAUUCGUCGCUCUGUUGCCGACUACAUCAAUGUCAUUUCUACUAAACAUCCCUUCUGGAAUCGAAGCCUUGGUGCUGAUCAUUUGAUGUUAUCUUGCCAUGAUUGGGGGCCAAUAGCAUCAGCAUCAGUUCCCGAGUUAUACAACAAGUCCAUUAGAGUUUUGUGCAAUGCCAACACAUCUGAAGGCUUUAAUCCAUCCAAAGAUGCCACACUUCCAGAAAUCAACCUCCAGACAGGGGAAAUCACUGGACUUAUCGGCGGGCCCUCCCCGUCACGCCGCUCCCUUCUUGCAUUUUUCUCCGGCCGGCUACAUGGCCACAUUAGACACCUACUUCUAGAGCAGUGGAAAAACAAAGACCACGAUGUCCAAGUUUAUGACAAACUCCCAGAGGGUGUAUCAUAUUACUCCAUGUUGAGAAAAAGUAAAUUUUGCCUGUGCCCAAGUGGGUUUGAAGUUGCGAGUCCCAGAGUUGUGGAAUCCAUCUAUGCUGAAUGCGUUCCAGUGUUGAUUUCAGAAAGCUAUGUGCCUCCAUUCAGUGAUGUGUUGAAUUGGAAAUCAUUUUCUGUGCAAAUAGCUGUAAAGGAUAUACCCAAUAUAAAAAAUAUACUCAUGGGCAUAUCUCAAAGCCAAUAUCUGAGAAUGCAAAGAAGAGUUAAACAAGUACAGAGGCAUUUUGUGAUCAAUGAUACUCCCAAGAGAUUUGAUGUUUUCCACAUGACUCUUCACUCCAUUUGGCUCAGAAGAUUGAACAUUCAAAUCAAGGAUUUCCAUCAAUCUUGAUUAUUUUAAUGGAAUAAAAAAUUAUUUUGGGCAAAGUGAUUCAUGAUGUAUUCAAAAGAAGAAAAACAUUUGGCUUUAAAUUCUUUUGGUGCAGUAGAAUAAUUUUGUAAAGAGUUAAAAAUGUUGUAUUCUUUAAACA